AUGUUAUCACAGUAUGUAUGUACCUAUCCUUUAGCUUCCAGUGAACUGAAACCUGCCGAUAGCGGGCAAGUGUGGGGUUCCAACCCCUCCUCAAGCCAGACUAUUAUUAUCCUGGAUAGGCAAGGCAAUCAAACCCCUCGCCGCCCUUACGAUAACAGCGCUAUCAAUAUCAGGCCUAGCAGAUCGUCAUUGCUGGUUCGAGAAUUUCUUCUCUUCAUUUCUUUCUACGUCUACCCUCCCUGGUCGUCGAAAGUGAAAGGCUACCUAUGUACAUAUACUCCAUGUCCCACAAAUAGUAAUAGAAGAAAACAUCCCUUUCAAUGUCUACCAGGAGAAGCUCUCUUCGAUAAAAUCGAUGUUGCUGAUCGCCUGCCGCUUGCGACAUGCCCGGCGCACAUCGUCGCCAAGGCUGCCGGUGCCACAGACCAUGACUCCCAUAGCGCCGAUCUGGUGCUCGAUCUCCAUGUCGAUCAACGUGUCGGUGUUGGGCCGACCGGGGAACAUCUGCACCGUGGCGCUCGGGCUGUGGAUCUCCUUGGUGUUCCGCGGCCGCGUGAUGAAGAGCAAGAUGCGCAGAACCUCGCGUCGACGCUCCAUACCAAGGAUGGUCGUCAUCCAGGGGCGAAUCCACUCAAGGUGCUCCGGCGACUGGAUGAUCCACACGAGGGUGACUCGACGAGCGGCCACGGUGCCAUCGGCGAAUCCGGCAACGAGAUGGCGUACAAACGGCACAUGAUGCGUGAUGCCCACACCCGCCGCGAACAAGAGAAGGGUUCCGUAGGAAUCAAGAUUGUGAAUGCCUCCAUACGGUCCUUCGGCGAACGCGGUCAGCAAGAUCCGUCCGCCAACGCCUUUCUCGGCGCGUUUGUAAAGCUUGUGCUGACCUGGCUUGAACCGCCACGGCCGUGCCAUCUUCAAGGUGAUCCGCAUAGCAUCGCCGGGCAGGGCUUCAACUGUGGCCGUAGUCCGUCCCUUGCCCAGAUUUCGGACAAUAAUGAUGACGAAACGUGUGAAUCGCUUGAUGACGGUCAGAGUGACGCUGCGUCUCGUUUGUUCCAAGGGAUCACUUACCUCGAGGCCCCACAAGAUCAGAGCACCAAGCAGGAAGUUUUGAUGUGGUCUCUCACGCAAGUGGUACCAGAGAGCGAUGAAAGCCGUCAACACAAACGCGAUGUGGAGGUGGAGAAACGUUUCGUAGAAUGCAUGUCUCAAGGCAGAGAAAGAGUGGAGGGCCAGAGCAACAAAGCCACAGACAGCCUAAUCGCAAUUAGAGAGCAAGGACAAGGUAUGGGCGAUGGCCUCGAGGACGACAAUGCGCGCGAGCCAACGAUGAAAGAAAUUCAAGGUAUCGAAAGACAACCCCAGGAGAGGAAUCAGGGGAUUGUUUCGACCGGCCAGGAGGACGAGCGGAAUCAAGUUGACGGUAGCCAUGGUGCCGGUUCGAUUCCUGAUGAUGCCGGCUACGGUACUUUCGGACUGACCGAAGGGAGUUUCAAUGACGCAGAGGGUGACAUUGAGGGCCACCAGGGCCGCGAGACAGAUUGUCUGAAAACGACUCGGAAGGGUGCCCAUGCUGACGGCACGGGACAGCUGGAAUUCGCGGUUGUGUCGAGUGCGGAACAGAGGGGCGUAGAUGAUAUGCUCCUUCAGCCAGGCCAUCCGGUAAUCCCCUCGAGCAAAGUACCGCUGCGUAUCAUUGUUGAGACUGGUGAGGCGUCUGAGCUUUCCCUGUCGGGGCAGCGACUGCCAGAGCGGCAAGAGGGAUCAAGAGAUAGCAGGCACUCAUGGUGCCAGACUGUGCUUGCUGCAGGAUUCGAAAAGAAGGGGAAAAGGAUCAGCCAGGACGAGACCAGCUCUUUGAAAAUGAAGGAAAAGCCACGAACAAGCACGGCCAAAGAAAGGUCGACGCGAUUGGGUUGCUUGCAAUAUGAGACAGAUAGCCCUGCAGGAGAUGAUGAUCUAGUAGAUAGUGGAAGGACUGGCUGCAAGCGCAACAACCACGGCGACAAAAAGCAAAAAAAAAAAAAAGCUCAGCGUGGUGACAUUCAACGAAGACCCAAACCAGGGGACUGUCUUCUUCUUUUGUUUAUCUGCAAAGGACUAUCGACGACAACGCAUGAUGGAGCAGUGGGGACGGUGAAGUGGAUGUGGAUAAAGCUACGCCAGGCCAGUCAUCUGGGAGAGAAACAAGAAAUGACGAUCAACUUGAAACGGGACCAGCAGCCAGACAGGCGGCGCUGGCCACGCCAGCGACUGCGUACAGACGGUGACGCAGCAGCUGAUCGAUCUACGUCCGAUGGAGACAGCGCCUUGGGUAGGAUUGCUCGCAACGCAGCGGUGGAGACGGACGGCUGGACCAGUCACUUAAGUUGGCCCAAGCUGCCGGGGGAGGCAAAACUCACAAAAGGCAGAUUGGCCUCUGCAAGGGCGCCGAUCAGGACGCUGAAACGCAGCAAGCCUCAGGAACGCAUCGCCCAGCGCGUCGUGGCCAACCGCGGCACAUCGACCCCUCCCGGAUGGCGCCAGCUGUCCCCGUAA